AUGCAAGUCGUGCUCUUGAGUGCCUCCAGCAGGUGCUGGGCAUGUGUUGUGAUGUCUGGACAGGUGCGCUUGGCCCUCUGCCAGGUCUUUUUGAAGACGGUGCUCUUUUCCGCUCAUCUCCCGGCCAUGGCAACGGCAACUUGCUCUGCCAAUACGCAGCCUUGCAACCUGAGUCGUGCGGCCGCCUUAGCUGGGUCAGGGCGAUCUGAUGCCAAAAGGCAAAUCGAAGAUGAGAGGGUUUGGAGGUUGCGUGGCCUACGUGCCGAUGGCAUAGAUUCCGAGGCUAUGUCAAAGUGGCGAAAGUGGCAGAAAGUAGCCGUCUGA